AUAAAUACAAGUUACAAUUCUGAAAAGUAUUUAAACUCAUUUAAACACCAAGUAUGGUACUCUGUACUCUAUUUACUCUGUAAAUACAAAAAAGUAUUUAAAUUUUGAAAUAUGUACUGCCAAUCAGCCCUGAAAGUUAAAAUAUGAGGUCCAUUCAACGAACUGUCAAUACUGAUUCAAUCGGGUCCAUUUAUAUAGGCAACUCAAAUUACACGGCCUGUCAAAUUCUCCAGCACCUUGUCUGUCUCUCUCUAGAACCUCUCUCUUGUAUGUUGGUGGCAAUCUCGCUUCACUAUUUGAAUGGGACAGGGCCAUUCUAUCCGUAUUGACAGUUCAUUGGUAUUAACUGUGUUGUGAAUUUUUAAAACUUUUAAGUGUGGUUUUUGACCGUUGUGAGAAAUUAUUUAUUUAGUUUUGUGUUUAUAAUUUAAACUCUUGUUUUAUUUUCAAAGUGUUCUUUUUGUUGUAUCGUUUUUUAGCUUUCAUUUAAAAAAAGACACGGAAUAAUGGGAAACAGAACAUAUUUAGAUUGCUUAAUGUUAUUAGGGACCACUAUGUCUUUAGAUUUACCUGACAUGAACAGUUUAAUUAUUGAAGAUGUUUAUACAACUACAGUAACUGUUUCUAUUAAUAUCGAGGAUAUUUCUAUAGAUGAUAAAAAUUUGGAUAUGCAAGUGAUAUUUCUUCUGAACCAAAAAUGGCAAGACCCACGACUAGGUGCAAAUAUUCAAACCAGAAAAAUGGCAGUAGCUGGUAAAAUAUGGGAUCCAAAAAUUACAAAUUGUAAUGGAAAUGCGUUUGGAGAUGAUUUUAAAGAUACCUUAUUUUGGCGAGGAUAUGAAGAAGGGUCUGUAAUUUUUAAUAAGAAAAUGAGGCUAAGACUUGAAUGCACCAGAUAUCUUCAAAAAUUUCCUUUUGAUGUACAAUUUUGUGAAAUCAAAUUUGGUUCGUAUAGAUUUACCAAGGAAGAAGUUUCACUGGAAUGGGACAAUCAAAUUCCAAUAAUUAUGCAAAACAAAUUAAAAUCUACAGAAUUUUACCUACAAAAUGUUUCAACUGAAAUAAUUACAGAAAUAAGACCAACAGGUAACUUCAGCGCAGCUACAGUCUUGUUCAGCAUUAAACGAGAUCCUAAACAUUACCUUAUAAGUAUUGGUGUAAUUUGCAGCACAUUGACAAUUCUCAGUUAUUUAUCCAUAUGGACAACAGCAUCAACCGGAUCUCAACUAAAUUUAAUAUCACUUAUUGUUCAUACAUAUUUUUACUAUUAUUCAACCUGCGCAAUAUAUCCUGUCCCCUACCUAAAGCGCUUAGAUAUUUUAGUAGGGCUCUCAAGCUGCUUUUCACUAAUUUUAUUUAUUGGUUCUACAGUGUCUGUGGAGUUACGAAAUAAUCCCAGUAACCAUGUUUUUAGUGACAGUUUGAACUUAGAAAUUGAUUUAAAUACUAAAUGGAAAGUUCUAUUAAUUAGACUAGGAUUCCCGUUAUUUUAUGUUACUGUUAUAUUGAUGAACUUAAUUUUUGUAUAAUUACGUUAACACAAACUUUUCGACUUUGCUAUAAAUCUUACUAAAAUUACGAAAGAUAUGUUUGAUCAAAAAAAUAUUUUAAUCCCUUGAAUGUAAUCCAUGUAAAUAAUUAUAAUUAUUAUUCUUUAAAUUUAUCCUUAUUCGGCUUCCUCUAAACCAGUGUUUCCCAACGUGGGACCCACGCCCCACAGGGGGGCAAUUUAAUAGUUGAGAGGGUCAAUUCGUUUAUGGGCUGGACACGAGUUUAACCAUUUUGCUAUGGGUCAUUUAAAUGCAAUGCUAGAUUUCUGUGAAAAACGUUAAAGUCUCUAUUUAGUGUCCAUACUUCAUCUAAUAAUCAUAUUUUUGAGGCUAGUAUCUUCUUGAUAAAUGUUAUCAAAUAACGUUAUUCAUCGCUAAAACCGUCAAUAACAGCAUUUCUUAAAACAGUUCUUGAAAAGGAUAACAAAAAUGUAAAAGCAAUGCCACAACAAUACUGUUAGCAGAAGAAUAGACGAAAUGGUUGAAGAUAUUGAAAAGCAACUUGUUGAAAAGCUGGAAACAAGAAAUUUCUUAGUGCAAAUGGAUGAAUCACCUUUGAGAGACAGUGAAGCAGUAUUAAUAACUUACAUAAGAUAUAUUGAGACAGGGCAUUUUGUUGAAGAAAUGUUGUUCUGUAAAAGGUUACAAAGCAGGUUAGAAAGGUUAGAAAAGCGAAGACAUUUAGUGUAAUUACCAAGAUUGAGUUAUGUCAGCUCUUGUCGAUGCAAAAGCGGAGAUUUUCCAUUUUUUUUUUUCUAAUUUAAACAAAUUAAAAGAAUCGUUUUCUAAUUUAAAACAAAUUCAUUUUCCAACAUGCAUGAUGCAGCCAAUGUUAGUGGAUUUGUCUGACAUAUCAAAUACGCAGUAUCAAGAACUUGUAGAGUUGCAAAAUGAUGAAUCAGAUAAAACUUAAUAUAAAGCGAUGGCAUGGCUUUGUGGGAAAACAGAAAUGAAAUACCCAAACUCAAUCAAAUGUCCAAGGAAACUAUUGCUACUGUGUUCUUCAUAUUUAGCUGGAGGUGGAUUUAGUGCUAUAAAUGAUUUACUGAUAAAAAAAAUCGCCUGGAUUCACGUAGACUUGAUAUUGAAGCUAAUAUAACCAAAUUGGAAACUAAUAUAAAAUCUCUGUGCAGCUCGAAUCAAGAGCAAGUAUCUUAUUAAAUUAAAAUAACAAUUAAUACAGCAAAAUCAAAAUUAUUUGGAAUCUGAAUUUGAGUUCUAAGUGAACAAUAUUCAAAAUUAUAUGUACCUAUGUUACAUUGGGAGGUGGGGCAUAAGAAUUUUUCGCAUGUCUCAAAUGGGACACGGCACAAAAAGGUUGGGAAACACUGGUCUAAACUAAGUAGAAGAAUCGUUCAAAAUUAAUUUUAAAUAUUCUAACAACAAGGAUGUACACUUACAUUAUUUUAUUCUGAAAAUGUCUUAAAACAAAGAAAUAACAGAAUUCAGUCAGAUAAAAGAAAUAUACUUUGACUUGGUCUUCUUCUAUCCUGCUUUGAGGCCUAUUGAAAAACUAAAAUACACUCACGGACAAAAAUAUUGCAUAUUUUGAAAUUAACGUGUGAAAUAAAAUUUUUUGUGCUGCUCCAUAAAAUGCGAUGUUCUAAUGUAUCAUAUAAAUGGUAUAAUCGGAUUUAAAUUUAAUAUGGGCUAUGUGGUGGCCUGUAAUUUGUAAAUUGAAUCUCGAUCAAGAUAAAUAAGUAUUCACUAUUCUACCGACAUGAAGAUCCGCGUUAUGGUACAUUAACACGAAGUUGUUAUCCAAUAUCGCUGGCAAAUGGCAAAACAUGAUCUUUUAAAAUGUUAUUAAUGUACAUAUCAACUGUCAUUCUGUAUCUCCUUUCCAAGAAAUACCAUUCCAUAGCACUAUGCCGCCACCACCAAAAUUAACACUCUGUAUGAGGUUACAUCUGGCAUACCGUUCACCAAAUGGAAGCAAGAUUUACAAAACUUCGCCUACAGAAGAGUUGGCGAACAGUAUUUCAGUUGUAACCUGAUACAGAGCGUUAGUUUUGGUGGUGGCGGCGCGGCAUAGUGCUAUGGAGCGGUAUUGCUUUGAAAGGACAUACCGAACACGUGAAGGUGAUUAGGCGAAUACCAACUGAUAUGUGCAUUGAAAACAUUUUAGAAGAUCAUGUUUUGCCAUUUGAAAGCCAUAUUGGAUAUGACGUAUUGGUGCUAAUGCACGUCUUCAUGUCGCUAGCAUAUUGAAUACCGAUGUACUUACACCUUGAUGAGAUUCAAUUAAAAAUUAUACUGGUUACUACAUAGCCCAUAUCACAUUUAAAUCCGAUUAUAGCAUUUAUGUGAUAGGUACUUUAAAACAUCACAUACGGAAAAGAAAUUCUAUUCCUGAUACAGGAAGGCUAACGAUACCAGCACAAAAAAUUUCAUUUCACAUGCAUAUGCAAUAUUUUUGUCCGUGAGUAUAUAAAGACCUUCGCGGAGUCUUCCUCUAUACAUUCCACCAUUAAAACUUCCCCGGUUCCAGUGUUCCCGUACAUUAUUUUAUUUAUGGGUAUAAAACCAUAGUUCAAAGUGAUCACAAACCUUUUAUGGCAAUUAUUGAGAAGGAUCUUAAUAAAGUCAGUGCUAGAUUGCAAAGAAUGUUACUUAAAUUAUUAAAGUAUGAUAUCAACCUUGUUUAUUUGCCAGGUAGAGACAUGGUAAUUGCAGACACAUUAUCUAGGUCAUAUUUAAAAACAGAAGUUGAGGAUGAUCCAGAAACGGAAUACGCCAUUCAUGCCAUAUCUAAGGAUAUACCUAUGAGUGAAAAUAAGAAAAUAAUAUUUCAAAAGGAAAUUGAUAACGAUGACCCAUUAAGAAAAAUAAAAGGAUACUGCAUUGAAUCUUGGCCUGUUAGUGAUAAAAAUUUGAACAAAGAAUUAAAGUUUUACUAUAAAGUAAAGAAAAGAUUUAUUUAUCUAAUAAUUUAUUAUUUUUGUAAUAUAAAGUUAUUGUUCCAAAUUCACUAAGGAAACAAAUGUUGGAAUUGGUUCAUAAAGCACAUUUUGGUAAUUCAGAAACUAAAGCCAAAGCUAGACAAUUACUGUAUUGGCCUUAUUUAAAUAGAGAUAUAGAGAAUAUGAUUUCAAAGUGUGAAAAAUGUCAAAUAUUUCAAAGAUCUAAUCAAAAAGAGCCAUUAAUUAAUCAUUUAAUACCUUAAUGUUGUUCUGAAGCUAUUUCCUUGUGGCAUUUUUAUAAUUAAGUAUUUUCUAUGGGAAAUAAGCCACAAUUUUACUAAAAAAUGAAUUUAUUAACAACGAAAUUUUGACAUGUAUUUUGACAACGAAACCCGAUUUGGGCUUCGAAACGUUAAUAAAUUCAUUUUUUAGUAAAAUUGUGGCUUAUUUCCCAUAGAAAAUACUUAAUUUAAUACCUUGUAGACCAUGGCAAUAUUUAUUUUCAGAUUUUUUUCAAUAUGAUAAUAAGAACUAUUUAUUGAUUGUGGAUUCCUAUUCUAAGUGGUUGGAAGUAACUGAAACUAAAUGUAAAACAACUCAGGAGGUAAUUAAUUUUUGCAAAGAAAAAUUUGUUCAAUUCGGUAUCCCUGAAAAAUUUUAUGCAGAUAAUAUGCCAUACAAUUCUGAGAAUUUUAAGAAGUUUGCUUAAGAUUGGGAUUUUGAAGUUAUUUUUAGCAGUCCGUAUCAUUCCCAAUCAAAUGGACUUGCAGAAAAAUAUGUGGGAAUAACUAAACAAAUGUUACAAAAGUCUGAAUCUACUAAAGAUUUGCCUAUUCUACUUAUGGAAUACCGGAAUACCCCUUAACAAAUUUAGACUAUUCUCCAUCCCAAUUAUUUUUACACAGAAUGUUAAAAAGUUGGAUACCUACGUCUAAUGAAAAUUUAAUUCCAAAAGUUUUAGAUUCCACUGUUAUAAAGGAAAAAUUGAAACAUAAUCAAAAUGUUCAAAAAUAAUAUUUUGACCGAAAUGCAAAAGACUUAGAGAAACUUAAUAAAGGGGAUAACAUUUUAAUUCAGAAAGGAAAAGUAUGGGAAAAUGGGGUAAUAAGAGACAUAGUUAAUGAUAGGUCUUAUAUUGUACAGGAUUCAAAUGGUACAGAAUGUAGACGGAAUAGAAAGUUUCUAAAUAAAACUAAUUUAUCGUGUAACAAACACUUUUUAUUAUAUGAUUUUCAUUUGAAUUUAUUCAAAAAUGAAAUUAUCUUGGUUGACAAUAAUUAGGUACACAAUGUUAGUAUCCCAAUUAAUUGAUCAUGGUAAAACUGAUAUCCCAACUGAAUCUUAUAUUAAAAUUGUGAGUCAGAAUGAUAGUGAUAGGAUCUAAUCUAUAAAAAUCAUAGUGAUCAUGAAGGUCUUCUGAUGUUGAGAUUGAGAUGUUUGAAAAUGUUAAUUUAAAUAAUGGGGUUAUUGUCGAUAACCUACUGAAUGUAAGAGAUGAGGAGGAAGGUAACACUAUAAUUAAAACUGGUAAGAGAUCCCACAAGCCUCCUACAUAUUUAAAGGACUACGUGUUAAAUUGAAAUUGUGGUAAUAAUAAGUUAAGGUUGCCACUUGUUUAUAUUUGUAUUUUAGUUUUGUGUUUUAGUUUUGUACGAGGUAUUUUACUUAAAAAAAGGGAAGUGUAAUAUAUUAUGUUUAGGAUGUAAAAGAAGAAGACCAACGACAGACACAUGUCAGCGACGUAACGUCAUUCCGGCUAGCGUCAUGUAACUUAUAAGUUGUAGCUUCUUGAUUGCUAAUAAAGAUUUGUAUGAACAAUA